AUGUGGCUGAAUCCACGGGACGCCCCAUCCGGAGUGGGCGUGGCCUGCCUGCAAGGCUCUCUGCUGGUCGCGCUCUCAGCGACUGCGAGUGGGGUCGAGUUUGACGUGUUCCUGAUCGGUGGGCAGUCGAACGCCAGCGGGCGGGGAAACACGGCGGACAUCCCCGUUGGCUCGCCACUGGCGAUUCCACAAACGGACGUGCAGUUCUAUUGGCACAAGACGCUCGGCAACGUCAGCAACGGCAACUUGGCGCAGGACCAGAUUAUCGACCUGCAGCCGGGCAGUGGGCACGGCAGGAACAGCCCGGCAGGCCACCCCAGCGAGUUUGGUUCGGAGUUGAGUUUCGGCCGCACGCUGGCGGAAGCCUUUCCUCAGCGAAACAUCAUGCUCGUCAAGUACGGCCACGGCGGGUCGAACCUGCACACACAGUGGGCGAGCGGCGGCGAUAUGUACAACACGUUUGUUGACACUGUUGAAGCGGCGUUGGCCGUCCUUGACCUCCGCGGCGACACCUACAACCUGCGUGGAAUGACCUGGCUCCAGGGCGAGGCCGACACGUCAGCGGCAAACGCGGCCGCUUAUCAGAACAAUUUGGUCAAUCUGAUUGAUCGCGUGCGGACGGACGUCUUCAACGGCGAGGAUGCGCCCUUUGUGCUGACUCGGCUGUCGGAUAAUCAGUACGCGUCGCUCGGCAGUGGUCAGAUAACCGUGCGGGCAGCGCAGUCUAACGCACCCAACCUGCGCCCCAAUGUUGCUACGAUCGAUACGGAUAACGAUACGUUGUACACGACCUACUCAAACGGGUUGAUUCACUUCGACGCAAACGGACAGAUCGGCCUCGGCAACGCGUUGGGCCAGCAGAUGGUUUCAAUGUUGACUUCGCCUCCGGAGCCCAUGACCUCUGUCGCCAUCUUCAACGCAUCGCCCGAGAAUUCUACCGGAAUCAACAACGGCGCCGGCUCCGCGGGAGUCGACACGUUGGCCGGUGCGACCGGAACACUGACUCUCGAGAGCACCUGGGGGACAAACCACGCGUUUGGCCUGGCGAGCACCGACACGAUCGACUCACUGGCGGCGGAAUCGCCCUUGGGGAGAGCCUUGCGCGACACCGACACCGUUAGGGUGACCGCGGUGGUCACGGGCAUCACGGGCGAUCUCAACUCAAAUGGCGUCGAGUUCGGGCUCGCACCCACGGUGGGGUUCCGCCCCAGCCCUCACCUGAUUUUUCAAGUCGACGCCGACGGCGCCGCUUCCGGCUUGGCGCACUUCCCCGGUUCCGGCAGCCCGGCAACAUCUUUUUGGGUAGGCGUUACAGGCUCCGAUGACGCGGUGUGGGGCGUGGACGAAGCAUCGCUGCUGGAUGGGUUCACGAUUUCCAUUGAGGCGAACAAAGACGGCUUCACCGUCACCAUCAGUGACGCGGAGUUUGUCGACAACGGCUCGGCAACGCCCGGCGUCUUUCACGGCGCGUUCACCGGCACCGAAUUUAUCGACAACUUCGGCGGUGGCCAUCUGUAUUUCACUGCUCAGAAGUCCGGAGCCGCCAUGAUCGUGAACCUAGGUGAACUCAGCAUCGAGGUUGCCGAGCCCUUGCUGUUGACGGCCGACUUCAACCGAGACGGAGUCGUCGACGCCGCCGACUACACCGUGUGGCGGGAUCACUCGGGCGAGCAGGUCACGCCAUGCACCGAGGGCGACGCCAAUGGCGAUGGCGCCGUCACCACGGACGACUACGCAGAGUGGAAAGCCUCGUACGGCGCACAAUCCAGCGCCCUACGCGACAGGGCGCCUGGACUCCAGGCGCCCGGCCCGGCGUCCAUGGCGUUGCUGUGGGGGGCGGCGCUAAUCAUGCUGUUCGAGCGACCUUGA